AUGAUUGCAGGAGACAUGAAUAGCCGAGUUGGAUUAAAAUCGGACUAUAUUGCUUACGACAGAAUGAACUCAAUUCUGGACAGCGAUGAUUACGUGCCAGACUUACCUCUUGAUCGGACGUCAAUGGAUACACAGUUUAAUCCUUACGGUAUACAAUUAUUGGAUAUGUGCAAAGCGACAGGAUUAAGGAUAUGUAACGGUAGGCUAGAGCCUAAAGGUGAAUACACAUAUUGUGGCUAUAAGGGAAGCACAGUUAUAGAUUACCUUCUUUGUGAGCAAUGCAAUUUUAAAUACAUUCAAUCAUUUAAAAUUUCAGACUUCAACAUCUUUUCAGACCAUGCAAUUCUGGAAUUUAAAGUCGUAAUAAACUGUAAAAGCACAGAAAAUGAUAAAGGGAAUUCAUUUCAAUAUACAAAAUGGUUCGCUAAUAAACGAGAUGAAUUCAGACGAAGGCUGAUAACAAGAUUGCCAGAAUUAAACCCUUUGUUGAGUGAUUCGGAGGCUGUUGCUGCCGAUAGAAAUACAGUCGAUAGCACGGUUAACAGAUUUGUAGGGAUAAUAAAUGAAGAAGCCAAACCUUUGUUCUAUAAGGAAGUUAAGUCAAAUAACGUUAAAGUUCAAUUUGACAAUAAUGAUAUAUUGAAACGUUCCGAGUGGUUUGAUGAAACCUGUCGUGUAAAAAAGAAUGAGUAUUUGGAAGCUCUACGAUUGUUCAACGAUGUGAAAACUGAUGAAAAUCGGUAUCAAUUAAUGAUUAAAAAGAAACAGUAUAAAGCCUGUAUAAAAGACAAACGCAGAAAACAUAAAAUUAUAAGAAUGAGGGAAAUUGAGGCACUUAAGUCGAAAAAACCACGAGACUUUUGGAAAUUUUUCUCAAAGAAAAAUAAUAAACGAGGAGAUAAUAUCUCAUUGAAUGAUUUCUAUGAAUAUUUUAAUAAUUUAUCUGAUGAGAUUAACGUUACAACUGAUGGCGAAAGUGAAGAUUUUUGUCGAAAUGGUAUUUCAGUCGAUGAUCCCGUCUUUGCAGAGCUAGAUUCUGUCAUUACUAUGGAGGAAGUUCGGCAGGCUAUUAAGUCUUUAAAGCGAGGUAAAGCAGGCGGAAAUGACGGCAUGAUUAACGAAUACUUUAUUGAGACAGGCGAUAUAAUCGGUUCACAUUUGAGAGAUCUGUUUAAUAUUGUUUUGUCCUCAGGCCAUUUCCCUUCAGCAUGGAUGGAAGGAUUAAUUAUACCGGUUUUUAAAAAAGGCGACGACAGCAAUGUACAGAAUUAUCGAGGAAUAACGUUAGUCAGUUCUAUCUCAAAAAAUAUUUACCUCAAUUUUAAAUAA